CCUUCACACAACGCUGGAAUCAGACAGGUGGACACAAUCACUAUUACAACAAGUGGAAGAACGCACUGACAGGUGGCUUGGAAGCAUGGCAGACCAGGAGGUGUUUCAACACAGCCCAAGAAGACGUGGUUCUACUUUUCGGUCUUUGUCGGACAUUGAGCCAAGUUCACACCUUCAUCCUCCCAGUGUCUACGGGGCACCUGAUGUGCCCAGAUAUUCUGCUACUGGACUGAGGGAAGCUGCUUCUGGAGACAGUGACCAAGAAGAGAAAGAAGAUAUAUAUUCUGAAAGAGGGGAUGGAUUCAGAACAGAGAGGGCCUCUAUCCAUGAACUCGAGGAUAAACUUGGUCCUGUUGACAUCCCAUUGGGAGAUGAGGAUGGAGACUCAGAUGAUGACGAGGCCACCCUCUCUCUCUCUGGUAUGUGGCCUGAAGGAAGCAUGGCCUCAGAUGAAGAGCUGCUCCUGGAUCAGAUUAAGGACUUCAAGAACGCAAAGCAAAGCCCGAACACUGAAGUCUGGCAAACAGACUGGCACAAGAAUCACAUGGGCGCCAUAAGCAGCGAGACGUUCGACUGCCUCCUGAAGAUGUGUCCAGAUUUCCAGGGUUGCAAGAGCCACAUGGCUGCGUUUGUGUUGAUAACAGACGUGUUGGACACAGACGAGCGUCCUUGUGAGCAGUACAAGGUGGUGGCGUUGGGGGCCGGCCGCUCGAGCUGCAGCAAGCAGCAGUGCUACAAUGGGACGAUGGUGCACGACUGCCACGCAAUCAUCAUCGCCAGAAGAGCUCUCCUCAGGUUUUUGUACAAACAGCUUCUGCUGUUCUUUGAUGCCGAUCCAAAGGCCAAGGAGAACUGCAUUUUCCAGAGCAGCACAGACAGCCACCAGCUUCAGCUCAAGCCUGGGAUCAGUCUGCAUCUCUACACCAAUCAGUGUCCUGAAGGAGCGGCCAAGAACUACUACUUCAAGGGUCCUGCAAACAACACAUGGGGGACCAUGAAGCUGCAGUAUCACGCCAAAGGCCUGCUGGUCCCCGUUCCUUACCUCGAGCCGAGUGUGUGGGGAGCCAAAGUCUGCUGCAUGUCCGGUAGUGACAAGUUGUGUUGUUGGACCAUCACUGGGGUCCAGGGUGCUUUGCUGACCCACUUUAUACAGCCGCUCUACAUCACCAGCAUGGUGCUAGGAGACCAGGGAGUCGUCAACGAAGAAGUAUCUGAUAUCACCAACAAGCGACUCGGGGAUGAAAUGGAAGACAUUCUGCCGCCUUUCUACAAACAACACAAGAUCUUCUUCCUCUGUGGCGACCACGCCGGGCCUAAACAGACCUCCCCUCAACACGACGACCUCAGCGUCAACUGGUGCCUCGGAGACCAGGACAUCGAAGUCCUGGACAGCAGCAAGGGCUUCAUUGUUGACGGCUCUCCGUCUGUGAGCGGACCCGGCUUCUCCAGCAGACUCUGCAAGAGAGCCCUCUACAGUUACUUCCUCCAGGUCGCUCAGCUGGGGGGACACAGCUACCUCCUGGAACUCCCCACCUACCACAGCCUCAAGGUGGAGGCCGUGGUCUACCAGACAGUCAAAGAUCUGGUCAAGCAGCAGUUACUGAGCAAACAUGCCGGCCCCUGGAAUUCAAAAAAGCUGGUGGACUGCUUCAGCACAUGAAUGUGCCCUCAGCAUCAGACCCACUUGAAGUUUAUCUAAGAUUUUGUUGAGAUUUUGUUCUGCUUGUGUGUGCAUCUCAGUUAUUCUGUUCUUGGUUUUAUGAAUAAUAAUGUUUUCAGUUUGUGUAGGUGUUUGAGAAAAGUAAAAAGUAACCCUCCUGUUUGUAACAGUGAAGAAGUUGGUUUGAAUGCACUGUGGGUGGAAAAACAUCGUUUUAAAGGCAGAGAUUUGUUCAGCCCUGUCAAGUAGAGACGAACACCAAAAUCACCCUGUUGUUAAACCGCUCUUAUGAUCCUGAAAUAAAUGUGAAAACUUAAACUACAGCAGAGUAA